AUGUCUGAAGGCAGUGGCUCCCCCGGGGCGAUCACCGCCUCCGCCGCCGUCGACGUCAAUGCCUACUUGAAUGAACUUUUGGCUGAAAGGGAAAAACCCUCUUGCACGGGACAUGCGGCUCGACUACUCGAACAAGAAAUUGGACGUCUCCAGAACGGCGGUACAAAAUCCAGCUUCAUAGAUAUCCACAAGGGUCGACCAAUCAGACUUCAAGUCCGUGUCGUAGUUCCAGUCAAGGACCAUCCGAACUUCAACUUUGUCGGGAAACUUCUUGGGCCCAAGGGAAAUUCGCUGAAGCGUCUGCAGGAAGAAACACAAACGAAGAUGGCCAUCCUCGGUCGCGGUUCGUUUCGUGACAAGACCAAGGAAGAAGAACUGAGACAGCUAUCCGACCCGAAGUACUCUCACCUCCAUGAGGACCUCCAUGUUGAAGUGACGACAUUCGCCCCACCUGCAGAAGCUUACAGUAGAAUGUCCCAUGCCAUCUCAGAACUGAAGCCUUUCCUCGUUCCCGAUUACUACGACGAUAUCCGACAGAAUCAACUACGAGAACUAGCACUUUUAAAUCGCGACAGUCGCAAAGCCGGAGACAUCUUGGGAGGAUCUCAGAGCCCUACGUUAGGCGUAUCGUCGACUUCACCGUCUCUGCAAGCCACCACCUCACCCGUUAUGGCGCCCACGACCACUACCGCGUUUCCUUCUGUCACUGCAUUUCCCAUGGGCAUACCUACCACACCUGGCAGCCUGGUUCCAAUGAGACCGGGUCUCGUCCCAGUGGGUCUAUUGCCUCGACUUCCAGUACUGCAGCCAAACCAGGCGGCGGCGGCCGCGGUCGCAGUGGCCCAACAGCAGCAACUGCAGAGACUCGCAGCAGCUACCCGCUACAGUCAAGCAGCAAUGCAACGGCAGAUAACCGAGGUUACUACCACGCAAGCGGAUGGCCAAAACCCACCGAACCCGUCGGAUCAAUUCCUGUAUGGAGACGAGUAUCCUGACCCCACGGCGGUUCAGGUGGCUUCGCAACAGACGAACGGAGUACAGAAAGACGAUGCGGCCACUCAAAACAGCCAAACUUUCACCGAGGAAUUUGUUGAAUGGGCUCAUUCACCAUUGAACCAAUGUAAGAUCAAAGCGCGCACACGGACCAUCUUCACGCCGUACCUUGUGCCUCGAUUCGGAGUCUGA